GGUAAACUUCUUUUCGGCGCUUUUCCAGCUUUAUUCAUCGACGCUUGAGUCCUUAAGCUUGGACUUACAUAGAUUUUCAGCCGGGUGGCAGAGGUUCUGUUUCACUCAACCCUACAGAAAACAUCAAUAUGGCUUCAACGUGGCUAGAUCUCUCGUCUUUAUAUGGAAGUACAUCUAAGGUAGCCCUUCAAUUUCGCUCCAGAGUAGAUGGCACACUCCUGACACAAGAAAUUCAAACUCCGGGCACCAAGGCGAGAGCGUCCCAUCUCCCUUUCAACAUCAUGAAGGCGCGAACUAAUACACGUACUCGUGUGAGAGCUAAAAAUAUCUUCGCUGGGGAUGAUCCACGAGGACUGGCUGCUCCUUGGUGUUCACACUCUCUCAUCUCGGCCCCCUAUCGACAAAGACUAUACCUAUAGCAAUAAUGCG